GACCAGCAUGCUCCGGCUGGCAUCAGAACCUGGAUUUAGACUCUCAGCUCGUGCUGUUGCGGUGCAGGAGAGAGAGAGUUGGGUAGAAAAAGAAAGGAGUUUGAAAGAGAGAAAAAAGUUUUUUUCAAAACUUCUUUUUUUUUUUUUGGCAAGGUUGCAAGAUUGUGUCCGUUUGGUGCGGUCACCAUCGCGUCUGGAUGAGGGAGAAGUGAAAACAGCACUGGAGACAAAUCAAUAAAUAUUAAAAAAAAAAAAAAAAAGAAAGAAAGUUUGCCGAAAACCACAGAAGCGAAGGACUGAUUUUUUUCCAGCGUGUGUGAAGGCUGGUCAAAAUGGGGACGAGGAGCGUUUUAGAGAGUCUUUCUGGACUUCUUAUCUCCCUAAUAUUAAUAUCGCAACUUAUAUACGCGGCCCAUGGAUCAAAGGUCUGGGGAGAGGUAGCGGUACCCGAGGACAUGGAGUCCCAUGCAGGCGGCAGACGGUGGGAGAAAUAUUUGAUCGAAUCAGACGAUGAGGACUUUGCUGCAGAUGAAGCUUCCGGAGAUCUCGGCAGCGGUGAGGAUGGAAGCACUACUGAACCCACUCCUGUCUCCACAUCAAUGCCAUCAACAAUAUACUACAGAGCCCUUGUGAACUUCACCAAAUCGCUACGCUACGGACCACAGCUGGAAGACAUUUACUCUGAAGAGUUUCAGGAUAUAUCGGACGCUGUCGUUGAUACGCUUGAAUCUGAAUAUAGUAAGAUUCCCGGAAAUCAGGAUGUCAGCGUGGUGCUAAUCAAGCUGAUCGAUGGGUAUGAGUUUGUUGAGCUGGAUGUGGGUUCGGAUUUCAACAUCAACGAUGCGCUGAUCCGUAGCGUGCUCUACUCCGUCGUUGAAGAGGGGUCCAUCGGCUCCUAUAGCACUUCCGUGGAGGGCUUUCAGUUCAGACGUCUCGGAGUAGUGAUCCCAAGACCCCGUCAGUGUAUGUCGGAUGAGUUUGCCUGCGGGGAUGGCGAGUGUAUCCUUCUGGAAUAUCGCUGUGACAACCGAGCAGAUUGCCGGGACAUGUCGGACGAGACUGGCUGUGAUUUACAGACGCUUGCACCCCCAGUCAAAACCGCACCCCCAGUUAUCCCCACGACAACUGUGCGGCCAGUGAUCACCCCUCGGCCCCUGCCUCCUCACACCACGCCGAGAAAUGGUAUCCAUGGUCUCCCUGGUCCCGUGAAACCCACCCCCAGCAGGCCCUGUCGAGUGGAUGAAGCUGUGUGCCAGAGUGGUCAGUGCAUCCUCAGAGACUACCUCUGUGAUGGGGAGAGGGACUGUGGAGAUGGGAGCGACGAGCUCAACUGUGGCACUCCAUCCCCCUGUGAGCCCAAUGAGUUUAAGUGUCGCAAUGGCAGGUGUGCCCUGAAGCUGUGGCGAUGUGACGGGGACAAUGACUGUGGAGACAACUCUGAUGAGGAGUACUGCCCCACCAAGGGUCCAGGUGACACUUGCGCCCCAGAUCAGUUCAUCUGCGUUACCGAUCGAGUCUGUAUCCCAGCCAGCUACCAAUGUGACGAGGAGGCGGACUGCUCAGAUAGGUCCGAUGAGUAUGGAUGCACCCCUCCUCAGGUGACUAGCCCCCCUGAAGAGACCAUCACAGCAGUCCGUGGUGAGACGGUGACCUUUUCCUGUUCAGCAGUUGGAGUCCCCACCCCCAUUAUCACCUGGAGGCUCAACUGGGGGCACAUUCCUGCCAGUGCCAGAAUUACAAUGAGCAGUAAGAAUGGACAAGGAACUCUGGUGAUUCGUGACGUGAAGGAUGCUGACCAGGGGGCCUAUACGUGUGAGGCUAUCAAUGCCAAGGGGAUGGUGUUUGGGAUUCCUGACGGAGUGCUUAUGAUCGAGCAAGGCCCCUGUCCCGGUGGUCACUUCAGCAUCGAGUCCAACUCUCGCUGCGUCUCUUGCUUCUGCUUUGGCAUCACCAAGAGUUGCCAGAGCGCCCGUCGCUAUAGAAACCAAAUCCGGCUGCGCUUCACUGAGGAAGAUGACUUUAAAGGGGUCAAUAUUUCUCUGCCCUCUAAGCCUGUGAGCCCACCCCUGACCAGCUCUCAAAUCCUUAUCAACCCAGAGAUGGAGGAGUUCCAGUUGUUAGACCUGUCCAGGCGUUUCCUUAAUCUUGAGUCCUUCUGGACUCUGCCUAACCAGUUCCUGGGAAACAAGAUCGACUCGUACGGUGGGACUCUGAAAUACAAGGUGCGUUACACACUGGCCAGGGGGCAGACGGAACCAGAGGACAGGCCGGAUGUGGUGAUAGUGGGCAACGGGCAGAAGCUUAUCUACCGUAGGAGGAAACCCACCCCACCCAACGUGGUGAACCAGCAGGAGAUCCAGUUCACUGAGGAAAACUGGGAGCACAAAUCCGGAGCCCCUGUAUCCCGUGGGGACCUCAUGAUGACGCUGGUGAACCUCGAAGGCAUUAACAUCCGCACUGUGUAUGACAACAAGAUGGUGAGCGUGGGCCUGAGCGACAUCGUCAUGGAUACCACCACAGUGGAGUACACCAACCAGGGCCUGGCCCUGUCUGUGGAGGAGUGCAGAUGCCCCCCUGGUUACACGGGCCUGUCUUGUGAGAGCUGUGCUGCAGAUUUUGAGCGUGUUUCAGGCGGUGCUUUCCUGGGCUCCUGCUCAGGCUGCAACUGUAACGGACACGCCAGCACCUGUGACCCAGUUGGUGGACGCUGCCUGAGCUGCCAGCAUAACACAGAGGGCCCUCAGUGUGAUAAGUGUCGGCCAGGCUUCUUUGGAGACCCUACGAGAGGCCAUCCGGACGACUGCAAGCCCUGCCCCUGUCCGUACACUGAAACAACACGCCGGUUUUCUGCAACUUGUUUCCUGGAUACUGAUGGACUAGCAACUUGCGAUGCCUGUUACCCAGGCUACACUGGGCGUCGCUGUGAAAAGUGUGCUGCUGGUUAUGAUGGCAACCCACUGCAACCAGGAGGCAAAUGUAUUCCUUCAAAUAGCAUUUCCAAGUGUGAUAACAGGGGUACUGUGUCACCAACAAGCAGACACUGUCUCUGUAAGCCCAAUGUUGUCGGUACCCUGUGUGACGAAUGCAAGACUGGCUUCUUCCAUCUGAAGCAGGAUAACCCUGACGGAUGCCUCCAGUGUUUCUGUAUGGGAGUCACCAAGCAGUGUGCCAGUUCCUCCUGGAACAGAGAGCAGGUGCGUGCCGCUGACAACGGGCAGGAGUUCACCCUGUCCAACUCGGCUAACACCAGGACCAUCAGCGAAGGCAUCAUUCUCCAAAGCUCUUCAGAGCUGACUUUCAGAUCCUUCUCAGAACACCCCACUGAUGUGUACUACUGGGUCCUCCCAGAACGCUUCAGAGGAGACAAGGUUACUUCUUAUGGAGGGGAGCUCCAGUACACUGUGCUGUAUAACCCCAGGCCUGGCUCCCCCACAGUCCAGGGCAAGCCUGACGUCACCCUGCAAGGAAACGGCAUCUUCCUGGAACACUUCUCUGACAUCACCCCCAUUCCCAGGGUCCCAACCACCAUCACUGUGCCCUUCAGAGAGUCUGCGUGGCGACGUGCCGACGGCCAGCCCAGUACCCGUGAGCAUCUCCUAAUGGCUCUGGCAGACACCAGCCUCUUCAUGAUCAGGGCCACGUAUGCUGACCGAAUGACCGAAUCCAGUAUCUCAAAUAUCCAUAUGGACAUUGCCGUGCCCUACCCCACUGGGCAGGAGAGAGCAGCAGAGGUGGAGGAUUGUGCCUGCCCGCCUGGCUACCGUGGACCCUCCUGCCAGGACUGUGACGUUGGGUACGUGCGCACAGGAAGUGGUCUCUAUCUGGGUACUUGCGAGAGGUGUAACUGUAACGGACAUUCCAGCGAGUGUGACUUGGAGACUGGAGAGUGCCAGCAAUGUCAACACAACACAGCUGGGCCUCACUGUGAGAUCUGCAAACCUGGUUUCUAUGGCGACCCCAAAGAUGGAUCCCCAGAGGCCUGCAGGCCUUGUCCAUGUCCUGGGACCUCCCCCUCAACACAGUUCUCUUUGACCUGCUUUUUGGAUACAGAUGGCCAGCCAACCUGUGACAACUGCCCAGCCAGCUAUGCUGGUCGACGCUGCGAAAGGUGUGCUGCAGGGUACUCUGGGAAUCCACUCCUGGGACGGCCGUGCAGCAGGAACGGGAAUAACAACGGGAACGAUUGCCGUUGUGACCCCAGAGGAAGUGCUAGCGACAGAUGUGAUGCCAAUGGUCAAUGCCUCUGCAAGAUGCACACAGAGGGCCCUACUUGCAGUAGCUGCAAACUUGGGCACUUCCACCUGAGUGCUGCUGUGCGGGAGGGCUGCCUACCCUGCUUCUGUAUGGGAGUGACUCAGCAGUGUAUCAGCUCCUCUUACUACAGAGACCUGAUUUCCACCUCGUUUUCUCCCGGAAACUUCCAGAACUUUGCCCUGGUGAACCGGCAACGCAGCACACGCAUCGUUACUGGAAUUUCAGUGGAAGUCGCCACUGACGGCACUCAGCUGUCAUACAGCCGCUUCGGACAGCUGGGCCAGGAGGCAUUGUAUUGGCAACUUCCAGAGAAUCUCCAGGGAGACAAGUAUGCUUUGGUCUACAAGGGUCUCAGCUUGCUUCCUGAUGGCCUCUUCUACUGGCAGCUCCCACAGCACUUCAAAGGGGAUAAGAUUGGAUCCUACGGUGGCCGCCUCCGAUACACUCUCUCCUACAACGCUGGGGUCAGGGGAUCUCCGGUCCCGGAUGCCGAUGUGCAGAUCAUUGGUAAUGACAUCACUCUGGUGUCCUACCACCCUGAACAGCUGAGACCCCGGGAGAGGAAGACCUUUGAAGUCAUUUUCAGAGAGCAAUACUGGAAGCGUCCGGACGGAAUGCAGGCGACCCGUGAACACCUGAUGAUGGUCCUGGCUGACCUGGAUGAGAUCCUGGUCCGAGCCUCCUACUCCACUGACAUGCUCUCCACCAGCAUCUCGGGGGUCAGCAUGGAGGUGGCCGUGCCCACUCCCACCAGCUUGCCCCAGGCCCUGGAAGUGGAGCAGUGUGGCUGCCCGCCUGGCUACCAGGGGCUGUCCUGCCAGGAUUGUGCUCCGGGCUACACCAGGACUGGAGGAGGCCUGUACCUGGGACACUGUGAGCUCUGUGAUUGCAAUGGACACUCUGACUCCUGCCACCCAGAGACCGGUGUUUGUACGAGCUGUCUGCACAACACAUUUGGGCAGAUGUGUGAACAGUGCGCUUCUGGUUUCUAUGGCGACCCGACAGCCGGGACUCCAGAGGACUGCCAGCGUUGUGCGUGCCCGCUGCCGGAUCCAGAGAGCCAGUUCUCCCCUACCUGUGAGAGUCAGGGGUCUGGGUACAGAUGCACUGCCUGUCAGCCUGGUUUCACUGGGCAGUACUGUGAACGAUGCGCUACUGGGUACGUGGGUAAACCUCUCGAAGGGACAAAGUGUCGCCCAUUCAACCCCUCGCCCCUGGUAGUCCAGGUGUAUCCGGAGAGGACAGUCGUCUCCCAGGACAGUGAUGUCACCCUGCGAUGCCAGGUCACUGGAACUCCGCCCCAUUACUUCUAUUGGACGAGAACAGAUGGGCGUGCCUUGCCAAGCAGCGCUCACACACAGCGAGACGGUAAAGAGCUGCAUUUCUCCCGUAUUCAGCCGAAUGAUGCCGGGGUCUACGUCUGUACCUGUAGGGAUCUGCGCAAUGCCAACACCAGCCGAGCUGAGAUCAUAGUGACUGCUGCUCCCUCCAAAGCCAUUGAAGUGACAGUAGAGGAACCCAAAGAGCAGAGUGUGAGCCCUGGGUCUACUGUCAGCUUCAUCUGCACUGCUCGGAGCAAGUCUCCAGCUUAUACUCUGGUCUGGACCCGACAGAACAAUGGCAAGCUUCCGGACCGGGCUAUGGACUUCAACGGCAUCUUGACUAUCCACAAUGUACAGCCAGAGGAUGCAGGCCUCUAUGUGUGCACAGGCUCCAACAUGUUUGACAUGGACGAGGGCACUGCACGCCUCUAUGUAGCAGCUGCCUCACAGACACGGAUGUUUUACCAAGCCUAUGAAAUGUUAGAAGGGCAUAGAGCGCCUGUCGCAGCGGUCCAGCCCGUUGCGACCAUCUCCCCCCCAGUCCUGACCGUCCAGCAGGGCCAGCGCGCAGAGUUCCGCUGUACAGUCACUGGAAACCCUCCUCCUGCAAUCGAGUGGUUUGGAGGCCAGGGCAACAGGAUCUCUCCCAAUGCAAUAAUCCAAGGAGGUGUCCUUCAGAUCCCCACAGUAGAGCGCUCAGACGAGGCAGAGUACAUCUGCAGAGCACUCAACAUCCACGGAGAGCACUCGGCCAGGGCUGUACUAUACGUGCACAGUGCCAGUUUACCCCACGUCCAGGUGAGCCCCCAGCGCAUAGAGGUCAGCGAGGGGGAGCCAGUGAGACUGUACUGCCGGGCCGGAGGAACCCCCAGCCCAGCUCUGACCUGGAAGAAGCUGGAUGGAGAGCUGCCCCAACAGGCUCGCACGGAAAGGACCGACAUAGGGACCCUGGUGAUCCCCUCUGCUAAAGCCUCCGAUGCUGGGGUAUAUCUGUGUGUCGGCACCAACAGCAUUGGGUCUUCUGAAGGGCGAAUUGAAGUCUCUGUCCAUAGUGUUGCUAUUGCUCCAUUCUCAGUCACAAUCCAGCCAUCCCCAGCUUCAGUGCAAGAGGGCAAGUCGCUAGACUUGAAUUGCAUUGUCAGAGGAGCUCCAGCACCCAGCAUCACCUGGCACAGGUCAGGAGGACCCCUCGCCUCCAAUCACCAGGUGAUAGGCCCGCAGUUACGGAUCCUCCAGGCUACAUCUUCAGAUUCCGGGGAGUACAUCUGCCGGGCCAGCAGCAUUGCCGGAGUCCAGCAAGCCACUGUCUCUGUGUCCAUCACAGACACCUCGUCCCGUCAGCAGUCCCCCAUCAUCUCCAUUGAACCUCACAGUGCUUCAGUCAUUCAAGGACAGUCUGCCAGCUUCAGGUGCCGGGUCUACAGCGGGGCUCAGCCAAUCAGAAUCGAGUGGAAGAUGGCAAACAACCAACCACUGCUGGACAAUGUGAAGAUGACUCAAGAUGGCUCCGUGAUCACAAUCAGCAACACUCACCAUGGCAACCAGGGUGCUUACCGCUGUGUGGCCAGCAACCCCUUUGGAAUAACACACAGCAUCGUCUCCUUGCUGGUACAAGCCCCCCCCACUGUGUCGGUGACCCCCCAGGGCCCUGUCCGGGUGAAAGUGGGUGAGCCCAUCAACCUGGAGUGCCUUGGCAUGGGCGAGCCUCGCCCGGCAGUGAGCUGGCGCCGAGUGGACAGCGCACAGAGAGUGGUUCUGCAGAGCCCUGUGCCAAUGGACAGCAAAGCAGUGAUGCAGGUUCUAGCAGCCCGUCCAGAAGAUGCAGGUACCUACACCUGUGUGGCAAGGAACCCAGUGGGCUCUGCUCAGAAGCAGGUGGAGGUGGUUGUGGAGGGUGGGUCUGUGGUCCCCACCACCCCCAAGGUGUCUGUCGCGGAGCCCAUGGUAAUCGCAGUGGAGCGAGGGACCGCCACACUGCGCUGCACAGCCACUGGUUACCCAAUCCCGACUAUCACAUGGUCCAAACUGCGAGCCCCGUUGCCUUGGCAGCACAAAGUGGUCAACAACAGCCUUGUCAUCCCGAAUCUGGGCCGGCAGGACUCAGGACAGUACAUCUGCAAUGCCACUAACGCCGCUGGUACCUCCGAAAUAACCAUCAUGCUGGACGUGGAGAGCCCCCCUUACGCCACAUUUCUCCCCAACGAUCUCACUGUGAGGGUGGGCGAGGUGAUCAGGCUGCAGUGCCUGGCCCACGGGACCCAUCCUCUCCAGUACCAGUGGUCCAAGUUGAACGGCACCCUCCCCACCAGGGCAGAGGUACAGGAAGGAACCCUCCAGAUCAACCUGGCCACUGCAGCAGACUCGGGAACCUAUAAGUGUGUGGUCAAAAACAAUGUGGGCACCAGCGAUACCCUGGCCAAAGUGAAUGUUAUACAGGGCGCCCAUCUCCUCCUGCUGUCUGCAGCCCCCACUACUGUGUUGGUAGCCCCCCCCACUGUGUCAGUGACUCCCCAGGGCCCUGUCCGGGUGAAAGUGGGCGAGCCCAUCAACCUGGAGUGCCUUGGCAUGGGCGAGCCUCGCCCGGCAGUGAGCUGGCGCAGAGUGGACAGCGCACAGAGAGUGGUUCUGCAGAGCCCUGUGCCAAUGGACAGCAAUGCAGUGAUGCAGGUUCUAGCAGCCCGUCCAGAAGAUGCAGGUACCUACACCUGUGUGGCAAGGAACCCAGUGGGCUCUGCUCAGAAGCAGGUGGUGGUGGUUGUGGAGGGUGGGUCUGUGGUCCCCACCAUCCCCAAGGUGUCUGUCGCGGAGCCCAUGGUAAUCGCAGUGGAGCGAGGGACCGCCACACUGCGCUGCACAGCCACUGGUUACCCAAUCCCGACUAUCACAUGGUCCAAACUGCGAGCCCCGUUGCCUUGGCAGCACAAAGUGGUCAACAACAGCCUUGUCAUCUCGAAUCUGGGCCGGCAGGACUCGGGACAGUACAUCUGCAAUGCCACUAACGCUGCUGGUACCUCAGAAAUAACCAUCAUGCUGGACGUGGAGAGCCCCCCUUACGCCACAUUUCUCCCCAACGAUCUCACUGUGAGGGUGGGCGAGGUGAUCAGGCUGCAGUGCCUGGCCCACGGGACCCAUCCUCUCCAGUACCAGUGGUCCAAGGUGAACGGCACCCUCCCCACCAGGGCAGAGGUACAGGAAGGAACCCUCCAGAUCAACCUGGCCACUGCAGCAGACUCGGGAACCUAUAAGUGUGUGGUCAAAAACAAUGUGGGCACCAGCGAUACCCUGGCCAAAGUGAAUGUUAUACAGGGCGCCCAUCUCCUCCUGCUGUCUGCAGCCCCCCCUACUGUGUUGGUAGCCCCCCCCACUGUGUCAGUGACUCCCCAGGGCCCUGUCCGGGUGAAAGUGGGCGAGCCCAUCAACCUGGAGUGCCUUGGCAUGGGCGAGCCUCGCCCGGCAGUGAGCUGGCGCAGAGUGGACAGCGCACAGAGAGUGGUUCUGCAGAGCCCUGUGCCAAUGGACAGCAAUGCAGUGAUGCAGGUUCUAGCAGCCCGGCCAGAAGAUGCAGGUACCUACACCUGUGUGGCAAGGAACCCAGUGGGCUCUGCUCAGAAGCAGGUGGUGGUGGUUGUGGAGGGUGGGUCUGUGGUCCCCACCAUCCCCAAGGUGUCUGUCGCGGCGCCCAUGGUAAUCGCAGUGGAGCGAGGGACCGCCACACUGCGCUGCACAGCCACUGGUUACCCAAUCCCGACUAUCACAUGGUCCAAACUGCGAGCCCCGUUGCCUUGGCAGCACAAAGUGGUCAACAACAGCCUUGUCAUCCCGAAUCUUGGCCAGCAGGACUCGGGACAGUACAUCUGCAAUGCCACUAACGCCGCUGGUACCUCAGAAAUAACCAUCAUGCUGGACGUGGAGAGCCCCCCUUACGCCACAUUUCUCCCCAACGAUCUCACUGUGAGGGUGGGCGAGGUGAUCAGGCUGCAGUGCCUGGCCCACGGGACCCACCCUCUCCAGUACCAGUGGUCCAAGGUGAACGGCACCCUCCCCACCAGGGCAGAGGUACAGGAAGGAACCCUCCAGAUCAACCUGGCCACUGCAGCAGACUCGGGAACCUAUAAGUGUGUGGUCAAAAACAAUGUGGGCACCAGCAAUAGCCUGGCCAAAGUGAAUGUUAGAUCUCCCCUGUCAGUACGGGUGUCCCCACAGAUUGAGGUGAAGGGGCGUGGCAGCACUGUGGAAUUCACCUGCUCGGCCACAGGUGGCGCCAAAACCAGGAUUGAGUGGCUGAAGGAGGGCGGCAGUCUCCCGCCAAAUCACCACGUCGACAACGGAGUGCUGAGGAUUGAGAACCUGGAGCAGGAUAAUGAAGGUGUCUAUGUCUGCAGAGCCACCAAUAUGUUUGGCCAGGCCCAGGACAGCGGCAAGCUUACCAUACAAGCUCUUCCGAAGGUGAUGAUCAACGUGCGGACCUCAGUUCAGACUGUCAUGUUGGGGAACCAGGUGGAGUUUGAGUGCCAGGCCAUCGGGGAUCCCCAACCCACUGUCACCUGGAGCAAGGUGAACGGGAGACUGCCCUCCCACAUCAUCGUCCAAGGGGGCAUGCUGAAGAUCGAGCAGGUCAAGGAGGCCGACGCAGGACACUACCGCUGCACCGCCACCAACGCGGUGGGCUCGGUCCAGUCAGAGGUUGUCCUCAAUGUUCAGUCCAUUCCUCAGAUUGCUGCACAGCCUAAAGUGAAGGAGGUCACUGUGGGGUCAACUGCAGUCUUCCCCUGCAUGGCUUCAGGAUACCCAGCUCCAGAUAUCAAAUGGACAAAGAUGGAAGGAAACCUCCCGCAGAGUGCCCGAGUGGAAGACCAUGUUCUGACAAUCUCGGCGGUGACCCCAGAGCAUUCAGGGACCUACAUCUGCACAGCCUCCAACAAACAAGGCAAAGUGCAGGCCUUCUCCGUGCUCACAGUAAGAGAACGCGUGGUGCCAUAUUUUACCCAGACUCCUCUGUCAUACCUCACACUGCCCACCAUUAAGAAUGCGUACAAGACUUUCAACAUCAAAAUAACCUUCAGACCAGACACAGCUGAUGGUGUCAUUCUGUACGCUGGUAUGAUCAUCUAUAAUGGGCAGAAAAAGACGACCGGCGCAGACUUUAUUUCCUUUGGGCUUGUGGGCGGCCGGCCUGAAUUCAGGUUUGAUGUGGGCUCAGGCAUGGCUACAAUCCGCUACCCAACUUCCAUUAAACUGGGAGAGUUCCACACGGUGGUGCUGUACCGCAAUCAGACCCAGGGAGCUAUUGUAGUGGACGAUCAUGCUCCCGUCAACGGCAGCUCUCAGGGUAAAUUCCAAGGCCUCGAUCUGAACGAGGAGCUCCAUGUGGGUGGCUACCCCGACUUUGCUGUCAUUUCGAAAACCACAGGGCUCAAAAGUGGAUUUGUUGGUUGUAUCCGGCAGCUGAUCAUCCAGGGUGAUGAGGUGAUCUUCAAAGACCUGGACCAGAGCUCCACAGGCAUCUCCAACUGCCCUACCUGCACAGAUCAGCCAUGCCAGAACGGAGGUGUAUGUGAGGACUCGGAGACCAGCAGCUACAUCUGUGACUGUCCCAUAGGAUUCACUGGAAGCAACUGUGAACAUUACUCAGCAUUGCACUGCCACCCAGAGGCCUGCGGACCAGAUGCCACCUGCAUCAACAGGCACAAUGGACUGGGCUACGAUUGCAGGUGCCAUCUGGGCAAGUCAGGAGACAAGUGUAUGGAGGGUAUCUUGGUGACUUCGCCCUCCUUUAACGGAGAAGACUCUUAUGUCUCUUAUCCUCCCAUGACCAUCGUUCACAAUGACCUGCGAAUGGACCUGGAGUUCAAAACCCUCGACUCCGACGGGCUCCUGUUCUUCAGCGGGGGAAAGAAGAUGAAGGUGGAGGACUUUGUCUCCUUGGCCAUGGUGGACGGGCACGUGGAGUUCCGCUUCGAGCUGGGAACAGGCAUGGCUGUGCUGCGCAGUCCCGAGCCUGUAGCACUGGGCAGGUGGCAUCGCAUCAUGGCCGAACGCAGCAGCAAAGACGGCACUCUGCGAGUGGACCACCAGAAAGAGAUCAAGAGGUCGUCCCCGGGGAAAGCUCAGGGUCUGAACAUCCACACCCCAAUGUACCUGGGUGGGGUCCCCAACAUGGCAAUCCUGCCCAAACCUGCCAACAUCAGCCGUCUCUUCCAUGGGUGCAUUGGAGAGCUGUCCAUCAAUGGGAAGAAGGUGGACAUCUCGUACAGCUUCACAGACAGCAGAAACAUUGCGCAGUGCUAUGACGAGAGCCCCUGUGACCGCAUGCCCUGUCUCCAUGGUGGCUCAUGCCUGCUCACAGGAGAAUUCGAGUACCAGUGCAUCUGCCGGGAUGGAUAUGAAGGGGAUCGCUGUGAGAUCUUCAAGGACAUGUGUCUGUCAGGAAAUCCAUGCAAGAAUGGAGGGAGCUGCAGCAAAAACCAGUGUGUGUGUCCGCUGGGAUUUACUGGGCAGUUCUGUGAAAAAGGACUGACUGACACGGAGCCUGAGUGGCAUGCAGAGGGUAGCGGGGGGAAUGAUUCUCCCAUUCAGUACUCUGCGUAUUUCCAUGAUGAUGGCUACAUGGCCUUACCCAAGCCAAUGUUCCCAAGAAGCUCACCGGAGGCUCCUGAAACCAUUGUGCUGGAGGCUCGCACCACAUCAGCGGAUGGGCUGAUACUGUGGCAGGGAGUGGAACCCAAUGGUGCAUCCCACGAGCUGCAUGAUUUUAAUGAGGAGCUGGGAGAAGAUGGAAAAAGCAAGGACUUUGUGAGCCUGGGUUUACAAGAUGGACAUCUGGUCUUCAGCUACCAGCUGGGCAGUGGUGAAGCUAUCAUCGUGUCAGAAGAUCCGAUUAAUGAUGGAGACUGGCACAAGAUAACUGCAAUGCGGGCUGGGAGAGUGGGCUCCAUCCAAAUUGAUGGAGACGACAUUGUGACAGGAGAGUCGGGAGGAACCAAGGUCAUGGUCAACACCCAAGGCAACAUCUACCUAGGUGGGGCUCCAGAUAUCUUCACGCUCACGGGAGGGAAAUUCUCCUCCGGUGUCACAGGUUGCAUAAGGAACGUCAUGUUAAUGAACGCCAGACCAGGAGACCAGCCACAGCAGCCCAUUGAUCUUCAGGUUCAUGCUGAGGAGGGCGUUCACGUGGAAAAGUGCCCUUCGUAGGUCAUUUACAAAGACAAAACAGAGACUUUGGAGGAAGAAAAACACACGCAUAUACAAAAAAAAAAAGAAAAUGGUGCUUUGCUGCUACCAAAAAAACAAAAGGAUUGUCUUGUGUUCUGUUAUAUGAAUACCAAAAAAAAAAAUGAACAAGAAGUCUUUAUGAAGUCCACCUCAGUGUUGUUUUUUGAAUGAAGGAUUAUAACAAACCCACAAUCCAGGUCGGGUUACAUAUUACCAGCAGUAGCUAUAAGGGAGCAUCGCUGUAGCCCUUUGACAAUCCUAUGGAGUUUGAUAUGUUUUUACAGCACUGGUUUUAUUCAUUUCUUUUUUUGAAUAUUAAGUUUGGGGGGGAGGGGGGGAGAACAAACUAACCCUGUCCUGCUAUUUUAAUUUCUAGAGCCUGGGUUCUCAUACAGUGUCGUAUGGCUUUGUGGCCUAGCUGUGUUAAUACUUGAAGACGUUUAGGCCUUGUCUUUAAUUUCUCUCUUCUUUUUUAUUAUUUUUUUUGUUUGUUUUGUCCUGCGAACCACUUGGUGAGAGUGCUCAGAGCCUUAACUCAAGGAAGGGUAGCCAAAGAUACCAUGCAACAAUAUUGCCUACGCCUGGACAAAAUAAGGAGAUUGCGCUCGGCAUUUAUUUUCAGUUCUCCUCAUGCAAUUGACUGUUACAUUGUGAGCCACUGUUACAACUGUAAAAUAAAAACAGUUUGGAUCAUGACAAUACCUAAUACAAUGGUGCUAAUUUUAGGGAAUUUAAUCACAAAACAAUUUUAAAAAAAUGUAUUUCCUUUUGGAUGCCACAGCAACCCUGGAAGUUUCAUUCUUCGGGCAAUUUUAUAAUACAGUAUAGGCCACCAAAACCAGAUAGUCGGGUUUACUUUUCCAUCCCAUCUCUGGGAUAUUAUUUUUAUGCGAGAGCAAUAAUGCUCAUUAAUUUAAACUGCCAUCCGAUUCCGAAACGUUUUUUUUUAAAUUUUAUUUAAGUUCAUCGCAAAACAAGUUUUAACAGAAGCUUUCUCUCGUUGUGUCCUGUAGAAUUUCCGUUGAAGACCUCAGGAGAGCCUCAUAAAACUGCCUCACUGGGACACCGUCCCAUUUCAGGUCCACAUAAUGGUUUAGUUUAGGAAGAAUAUUAGGUUUUAGCACUUGUCAUGUUGAAAUGGCAGCUGGAUACAAAAGUCAAGCAAUAAUGUGUUAUUUAGAAAGCAGUAGAAUUGCAAAUCCGACCAAGUUAUUGCUGAGUUUGUGUUUGAUAAUGGAACUCCUUCUCUGGUCUUGCCUGGGCAUACUUGCCAUGGAUGGUUGACUCUGUUACUGUUAUGGCAGGGCUUCACAAACAUGUCACUUUUAUAUAUGUUAGGAUAUUGCAUUUUAAACUGGCACUGUCAUUGCAUCUAACAUUGCUUUUCGUAGUAAAGCUUACAAUAGCCUCACCUCUGUAACAAUGCACAAUGCUCCUUUUCAAUGAGUGCUUUUAAAAACUUCAAAAGUAAUUAAAAACGGAUUCAAAUUCAAACGUUCCCAGUGAAUUCAGGAUUUUCAAAGAAGAUUGGGAUUAAAAUGGUGAUUUUAAAAGUGAGAGAAAAUGGGGCAUUGCAGCUUUCAAACUACCUGUUUUUGUUUAUUUUACAUUAUUUAAUGAUUUAAUGUACAUGUGUUCAAGAUCGUCGGAAGGCAUGUUUUAUAGAUAGAGGCCUGCUCUCUGGUUGCAGGCUGAUAACAUCUGAUGGUGGGACCGAUGUCUGUGUGAUUCUGUCUAUUGGUUUACAUGGCACACAAAAUCCUUUUCAAAUCCCAAAGGCUAAACAACCAAAUUCAGAAGUCUUUUCCUAUUUACUGUGUUAUGAGAUUUGGGUCAUCUGAUUUCUUCUAAUCCAUUAUCUAAUGUUACAACAUUACACAUGUCGAAACUGCCAGAAGCACAAUUGUAUGUGACAAGUGAACAAAAAAAUAGUAGCAAACAACAACGAACAUUUCGAAAAAAGAGCAAGCAAUCAGAUCUUGAAUUCCAUUUGCCACGUACACGCUGUAUUCCGAACGUUCAUGGACAGAGGUUUCAACUCAAAGCAUUUUCUUGAUUAAUAAUUAUUGUUAGUAAUAAAGAGAACUAUGUUUGAAACAUGCCUAUGUAUUUUAAAUGUGAACAAAACACAGCAUCAGUGUGAACUAGUGUACACGUUUUAAUUCAGAACACCACAAAAGGGAAAUAUCUUAUUGAACAAGGAGAGUCAUGAGAGACUUGAUGUAGGUGCCUAAUCUUCAGCUGUCUGAGACAUGAGUCCACUAUGCCAUCUCCAUUUAAAUGGACACAAUAUUAGCUCAACUUAAGUGACAUGGUGUAAAUUAUGGUGGAUGUGGCCAAGAAGGCAAUGAAUCAAUAUUUAAAUGAAUUGCUUUUAAGUAUAAGGAUUGGAUAUUCUUUUUAUGCUUUCAAAAGUAGUAGAGUACACUGCAGAGACAUUUUUGAUGGAAACUAGGAACUGGUGUCCUUAAGUUUUAGUUUUAUACAACAGGAUCUGUUUUUAUUUUGCAUGCAUUAGUACAAAGUUUGGGGGCAAAUGUUACACUAGUGGAAAUGGAAGAACUAUUGGGCAGUUUUGUGGUUGAGAGUUUUUGGUCUGUUCGCUAGAAUUUGGGCAAUUGUCUUUUAAUUGCUGUAACCCAGAAAAAGUGUAAAAUCUGUGACCCUUGCCUUUUAAAUGUUGCUGAAUAUGAAUUUAGUUUUAUUCACCCUAGUUGCAGCUUUAAUACUACUGAAUUUCAUCAUGUUUUUUAGCUAACAUCUAUAGUUUUUAGAUUUUUUUUGUUUGUUAAAAUGGUAGUUUUAUUUUUUGGGCUUAAAUACUUGUGCUACUCCAUUCAGACAUGUUUAUCUUUGCUUUCAUUAAACUUCUCCAACCGACACAGAAAGAGUUAUUAAAACACGCUUCUGUUUUUUGUUUGUUCUUUGUCGAAUUGCACAGUAGUUUUGGUUCAAUGUGAUUUAAUAACAACCAUGUGAGAGCUUUAACAUGUUUAUCAAUAUUGUGUUGUUUUAAAAGCUAUAAUGUAUUAUGUACUCGUCUAUUAUUGAAUUUAAUCAUUUUUGUUAACUAUUUUUGGAUUAUUCAUUCCCCUUAAACACCCAAUUACAACCCCUUUAAACUGUAUGUAAAGGAUAAUCGGAGCAUGCCUGCUCUCUAUUAAAAUCACACCACGGGAAGCAAUAUACUUCUGUGUUUAUA